AUGAUUGGUUGGUGGCUAUCCAAGUUCCUGGCGAUGAUCUUUUCUGUUCUUUAUCCUGCCUUCGAAUCGUACAAGGCGAUCAAGACAAAGUCCACGGAGGACGAUAUCCAGCGUCAAACCCAACAGUGGUUGUCGUACUGGGUUAUCUUUGGUAUCUUCACCAUGGGAGAAUUCUUCCUCGACAUUGUGAUCUGCUGGAUUCCUCUGUAUUACGAAGCCAAGCUCAUUUUUAUUUUGUGGCUGGUCUCGUCGUACACCAAGGGUGCCCUGCUCAUCUACAACAAGUAUGAGUCGUCUAUCGACCACGUUGUCAAGCUGGUUGAGGACAAGUUGAAGAGCAUUCAGGCCCAACCUAAGCAGAAUGAGCAGAAGGAGCAGAAGUCGGAAACUUCCGAUGAGAAACAAGAUUAAGAGAAAAGCAAUUGAUUAUCCGGAAGAAGACAUGUUAAUUCUUGCGUGUAGCGGUUGGUUUGUGGACUGGAGACUAUUCCUAUGGCAUUCGAACCGCAGUUCAAACAAAUUUAAUCCAAGAGAAAUUAAACGAAUUCUACAUGUU